AUUGAUUAUCUGUCAAAUCUAAUAAAACCUGAGUAUGUCACGCAUUUUUAUGGUCUUAUAACUACAAGCAGUAUAAUAUUGAUCAUUAUACCAAGGACGUAUUUGCGUCCUUGAUUAUACUAAUAUAGUGAAUGUGUUAACUAGAAAAACAUGGAGGAGUUUUACAAUGAAGUAAUAGAAAAUGUAUGUUUAGAUUUUGGAAAUGAAGAAGUACAAGACAUUACAAAUGGACUGGAACUUCUCAUAAACCGUUUCGUAAAAGCGAUGACUGUGAAGUUUUCGGAGUUUAAGGUUGAACGCGUGACUCGCUGUGGCAGUAUGGCGGAGAAAACAAGGAUUAAAGGAUUUAAUGGGUUAGAAUAUGAUUAUCUUCUCGAAAUGAACACGUGGCCAAACUGCGGAGAACUUCAGUUCCGGAGAUCUUGUGAAGGAUCGAUGCAACCUCUGUAUAAGGUAUCAGAAAACCACUCUGUGCCUUUGAAAACCAGUGUUUUACCUGCAUUUCGAUACAAUUUAUGCAAGUUGAUUGACAAGCGCUGUAAGCGAUCAUUUUGUCCUAGAUUGAGUAAUUCAAAUCAAAACGAAUUCAAGGUGUACCAAAGUCCCUCAUAUACUGCAAGGAAUGAAUACAUUAUUGCAGAAGGAUGUCAGAACUGUAGUGUAUAUAUGAAUACCGGAAGUCUAAGAUUUGACGCAUUCAGUGGCAAAUUAAAGUUUGUUUGGGCAACAAAAUAUCGUAAAGAUAAUUAUAACUACAAUUAUUAUAAUGACCCUCCUUUCAAGAUCAAAAACUGUUAUUCAGACAAUAUAAACGAGAUUUCAGUCGAUAUUCAUCCAGUUUUAAUAGUAAAUCCAGACAGAAUAUUGACAGAUCAUUCAGAGAAAACUGAACGAUCUUCGACCACAGGUGUAUGUUGCUAUCUCUUUCCAAACAGCACCUCAAACCACAACUCACAACAUUGUCAUGGAGGAGGUGGAUGUUGGAGAAUAUCAUAUUACAAUACAGAAGUAAAUGCGCUUCAAGAUACUUCUCAAGUGCACAGGGAUAUGUUUAUGAUUCUCAAAUUCAUUACGGAACAAUUUUUCUCCGAAGGGUACAUUGGGAGGCAAAGGGAUACAUUGGGCCAGGCAUACAAAGUAAGGUCAUAUGAAAUCAAAACUGCUGUACUUCACCAUAUUAAAAAUUGUGCAUUGGCUGAACCAGACAUUGGACAAUGUCUGUUAGAUACAAUGGAACUUUUGUCCAUAUAUUUUAAGGAAGAAAAUCUCCAAAAUGUUGUUUCUACAUUCAACAUUUUUAAAACAUGUACUAGUACUACUGACAGAGAACAGAACACUUUGUGGUAUCAAAUUAUAGGACAUACCUUCCAUGCUCUCGGUAAGCUUUGUACUACCGGUAUACAUUCAGGAACUGUAGGCUGGUUGAAGGACUUACGCCUUGUUUAUGUCGAAAUAGUUCGUGCUUUAUGGAUGUCAAAUAAUCCAGAGUUAACACAUUCGCUGAAUUUGACUGGAAUAGAUCUACAAAUAGAUCUACAAGCGUGCGUAGAAGCAUUGAACAACUUUGUUGAUGAAAGAACAUGGAGGACGGCCGACUCUUUCAUAAAGGAAUAUGCUUUAAAACAGUUCAGAAUAGAAAGGCUGCAAAGGCUGCAUAAAAGGUUUGAUGAAAGUGUUCUUAAUGAAGAGUUAAAGUUCAUUUACAUACACAGAGACCAACAACUUAAGAAAGAAUGUGGUGCCUUUAGAAAAUCUCAACUUCGUAUGCUCACUGGAUGCUUUAUUUGAUCAGCCCAAAUCGAAGAUUACCCUAGAGCCCUUACAUGUGAAAAUUUGUAAAAUUGUUUUAAUAUCAGGCUAGCAUUUUAUUAAAAGGAACUUCUAUUUCAAAUUGUGUUUGUAUAUAAAAAAAGUUUAAGUGACCAUGCUCUCUGGUGGAUUUUUGUUUAGAAAUCGAAGCAGUAUCGGUAGAAUUGUAGUAUUAUAACUUUUUUGAACUUUCAGAGUUCAAGUCAUCAUUAUAGUGUCUUUUACGAUAAUGUGGAACAUCAAGUUAUUUCAUUAUCCAAUUUUACUAACCUAUUAAGAGUGGACUCCGCACUCUUCUGAACGGUUUAUGCAAUGGUGAGCUCUUACCAAACGAAAAUGUGAACUUACAUCAACAACAGCAGGAAAAGCUAGAGCUGACACUGGAGUAUUUAAUGACUCCAAUGUGGGUGUGCAUAUUUGAAAAUUGUUCAAUUAUGUGUCAAAUAUAUUUAGUACAAGAAGGUUAUGAUGACCCUGAAUCGCUCACCUAAGUAAUAUGAGAAACAUGUUUCAAAUGGCAAACUGAUCCUAAAAUAUUAGGAAGUAUGUCAUAUUCAUGGUCACUGAAAGUCAGUUUUAAGAACGGUGUGUAGAGAUCCACUAGGCAUUGCUACAUACCAAAUAUCAAAGGCCUAUGCCUUGAACCUUCAGACAAGAAGAUUUUUAUUUAUUUAUUCCUAUAUGAGUCUAUGCUAAACUUGGGACCCAAAAAGCAGGGCCUCUUUUCACCCCUGAGGCAUAAUUUGAACAAUUUUGGU